CAAACUCCACACUGAAACGGCAAUUGGCCCAGUUAAGCUUUUAUUUCAUAAAUUAAUCUAAUCUAAUUUUACUUUAAAUGCCAAAAAAAACCUUGUGGAAGCUUCUUUUCUGUCUGUGCUCGAUCAUGCUGAUAUAUUACACGUGUGCUGCAUCUUCUGAUCUAAGACUUGAUUCCCUAAACAAUGCUUCACUACAUGUUAACACAAAUGCAAAAUCCCCUGCUCAUCAUUGCAUUCUGCUUGAGAUAUGAGGGCUGGACAUCACUACACUACAGAACUGGUAGUUUUAUUCGUUAGCUAAACGUUCAGCUAAUGUUCACACUAUUCUUUGUGUUCGUUUUCUUAUUGAGCACCUUUGACCUGAAACUAUUUGAAACAGAUUUAACACUAAUGAAACGGUGUCUUUCAGUGAAUUUAAAGGCAGUAAAAGAGGCUGACAGCGGAUGAACAGCACUUUUCUAGGGAAAUGUGAAGUUACAGGAAAUAUAAUAAUCAGCACAUUCAUCGCAGUUUUUCACACAUGAUUUGGUCUGAUUGCAAAAGAAAAUGUGGGUUAGAGGUUUAUGGGUUUGUUUAUCUGUUAAAUUAUGAAUGGCAUGAGCAGUGAAUGUGUGUGAGUGUGUGUGUGUGUGUGUGUGUGUGCAUGCGUGUUAAUGAGGGUGUGUCCCAGAAGGGCAAGUUUAGGUGUCAGAGAUGUGGUAUUGCUGGUUUUGUCCUACACACUCACGCACACACACACACACAUGCUCAAAUACAACAGUGAGCAGCUGAUGAAGGAUUAAUCCGUGGAACUGAAGUGUGUGUGCAUCAUCGUGGGACAUUUUUACACUCAGAAAUGGAGUAAUGAAUGAGUGAUGGACAUGUUCAGUCAGAGGAUUAUUAUUAUUAAUUAUUGAUCUGCAUUGAUUGAGAAUGUUCUAUAUGGAGAUGAAGCCUCGAGAGGAGAAAGUGGUGCGUUUGGUUCGAUCUAAACUCGUCCUGAAUGGAAAAAUUCGUCGACCGAUGCGUUUUCGUCGAGAUGAGAAAAACUUAACCAGACAAACUCAAACUCACAGCAAUACCAGGGACUGCAGCUUCUCCGCGAUGAAUGUAGAGUCCCGGACGGACCCUCGGGACCCACAGCCGGACUCUCCAGAGCCCUCGACCGCAUCACAGACACACACACACGCACAGAGCCUGAGUCUGGAGUCUUUCUGGACUGAAGUGGAGACGAUCAGGAGCGACUGUGAGCCGGAGAGCAGCAGACGAGACUCACGACAGUCUGAAGACGGGGAGCAGGAGGAGCUGUGGCUGCAGGAUGCUGGUUUGUCUCUAGUCAGCGGUGAAGAAGACGUGGAUAAAGCCGUGCUGUUUUCGACUCUCACUAAAACUCAAGCAGCGGCGGUUCAGAGACGCAUCGACUCCUACACCUGCUCACUGCGCAAGAGGAACAAAACACCACCGAGACACGUUCGAGACGUCUUCACCUCCGCCAUCACUCAGUCAGCAGAUUCUGAGACGUACAACAGCGAAUCUGACACACUCAGAAACAUGGAGAGUGUGACAAAGACACAACGAUCAGCUGUCAGUGGUCAGGACACUCAGGGGCUGCAGAUGGAGGAGAUCUUCAUCACAGAUGUGGCGUAUUGUGAACAAGCGGCCAUUAUUCUGAAACAAGCAAAACUCCCACAGAAGAACAGCAGCAGCAGCAGGAGAGACGACGGCUCACUGCCGCGGGUCAUCUGUCCGCAGUGCCGUUUGGGAGUGACGCGGGUGCAGGAUCUCUCUCAGCAGGACAUGAAGAAGGUUCGUCAGCUGGCUCUGAUCGACAUGACGGCACUCUGUGACCUGCUGGGGCUCGAGGUCAAACGACACAAAACCUGCAAGAGGAAAAUCCCCGAGAGCUGUUUGUUUGGUGUUCCUCUUGCCUCAUUGGUGGAGAGCGAUCAGAAGAACAAACCCCACACUCAGAUCCCGCUCUUCCUGCAAACGCUUCUGUCAUUCCUGGAAAAGAAGGGUCUGGAUUCUGAGGGGAUUCUGCGAGUUCCAGGCUCUCAGUCCAGAAUCAAAGUUCUGCAGCAGCAGUUGGAGAACUCCUUCUACAGCGGAUCUUUCAGCUGGGAGGAGGUCAGCGCGAAUGAUGCUGCGGCGCUGCUGAAGAAGUUCAUCCGAGAGCUCCCGGCGCCGCUGCUGACCGCUGAACACCUCAACACAUUCAGCGCUGUCAGAGAUAUCGCAGACCUGAAGCAGAAGCUGCACAUGUUGAAUCUACUUGUUUUGCUGCUGCCAGAACCCAACAGAAACACACUGAAGGCGCUGCUGGAGUUUCUCAGUAAGGUGGUUUGCUGUGAGCGCCGGAACCGCAUGAAUCUGUGGGCCGUUUCCACCAUUAUGGCUCCAAACCUCUUUUUGCACAAAGCAGUUCCCAGUAAACUGGCGGCGGACGGCCCAGAGAAGGGCCCGGCAGAGCGGGCCACUGACGUUCCUAAUUUCCUGCUGAGUCAGGUGAGGAAGCUGAACGAGAACAGCAGCCGCCGAUAUCAGUUCUACGACAAACGCAUUAAACAGCUGCUCAGGAAAAUCCACACGGACAGCAGAGACAAACCCGACAAAAACGCUGGAGAGAUGGAGUUUCGUCUCAGCAUUAAUUCUCGUGCCUCAGAUCUGAUGUCUCAGUUUCAUAAAGAGCUUCACGCCUCUGACAACGGCAGGGGGCUCCUGAAACGAAAUGGUUCAACAACCUACCCAGACUGUGCCAUUUACGAAGUGGGUGGGAAUAUCGGUGAACACUGUCUGGAUCCAGAGACUCAUUUGUUUGACCUGUACAAUAAUAACCCAAGCGGUGAAUGGGUCAUUAAGCUGCGGCAGUCAUCCAGCAGAGGGCAGUAAAGACCCUCAGCAGAGCCCCCAGAGACGACAGGAAUGAAUAAAAGCAAGCGAGCGAGCUCUGGCGCUGUUCUUCAGGUAUGAUCUGCUGAACACAGAAGCUGAGAAAGGGUUCUCUUCACCGUUACUGAUGUCAUGAAGCUGGACUUCUGCGUUUGUUUAUCUGGACACUCGUGUUGUUGUUGUUGUUUGUUUGUUGUUGUGCUUGAGAUGUGAUGCAGGUUUUGCAGUUGUGGGUUGGAUUAUUUAUUACGGCAGUGUUGUUGAAUGUGUUGUACAGAUUGUGUGCCUCGCAGUAUUACACACACACACUUGAUGGUUCCUCAGAAACUGCAGGACGUCCUCUGGACAUUAAAGCUGAAUGUGUGUGUUUAAACGAUUACCUACAUUAAAAUGAUCUUGUACUACAUUAAAGCACCUUCAUCCUGCUCUU